UCCGCCAUCUUAAUCACAACGGUUUGAAGAUGUCUGCUGAUCUGCAGUGGUUGGUUAUCAGAAACAACUCCUCUUUUCUUUUGAAGGGGAGCGAUCAGACUUUCAGCAGGGAACCCAACAAUUUGAAGAACAGGAAUUCUUUCCGGUACAACGGUUUGAUCCACAAGAAAACUGUUGGUGUAGAGCCUGCUAAAGAUGGCAAGGGCGUUGUCUUGGUAACCAGGAAUAGCCGAGGUUGGAGAAAACCCAACAAAAAUUUCACCCGCGUAGAACUGAAGAAAGGAGGUCGUCGUACUCUGGCUUCUAUCAGAGGUGUUCUCCGAAACAACAAAUACAGGAAAGAUUUGAAAAUGUCUGCUGUUCGUAGAGCGAGCGCCAUUCUUGCGAGCCAGAAACCAGUCGUCGUCAAAAAGACCAUCAGAAAGAAGAAGGAUUGAGUUUCCGAUUUCAUGUUAAACUAUGAAGAAACUAAUUAAAACAGUGGUAAACUGUUA